CGGAAAACACGUGACACUCACUGAGAGGGGCGGCUCCUUGACUCCUCAUACUUUCACAUUACUGUCCGUCGCAGCGAUCAGCCCUUCUUCCUCCGCUUUUUAAACCUUUCACCUGAUUCACUUGUUUUACAAACACUUGAACCACCAUUUCUUCCCUUACAUUUAUACUUUUACAACUGUAUACCUUAUGGACGCAUUUUAAUCCCGGAGUAGAUAAGGUCUCUAGUCUUCUAUGGAUGAGGAGGGAAAAGAGGGGGGUCCUACCUCUAAGACCACUCUGUCUGGGGAACAUGGCCGCCGGAGCAAAGCUAAGAGCCCAGAGCAGAGAGGAGACUCCCCUGGACCCAGCUGUGUCUCCAUGAAGAGUGACUGGUCUAUGGAUAUACCUGUUAACUUUAAAGAUGGACGCCCCUCCAGAGAGGAGAGAAGGAAGCAGGAGAGAGCAGACUCCCCUGGACCCAGCUGUGUCUCCAUGAAGAGUGACUGCUCUAUGGGUCUACCUCCUGACCUUAAAGAUGGACGCCCCUCCAGAGAGGAGAGACACCAGGAGAUGUCAAAGGUCACCAGUGCUCAGUCUGUACAGCAGCAUCAAACAGAGCUGAUCAAGAGGGCUGAGGAGAACGCACAUGCUUUCCUAGACAAGGAGAUGAAGAAGCUCUGGAGGGAUCUCUUCACAGAUUACCCACAAUGCUCAGAGAGUCAGAGGGAGGAGGAGGAGUUGGAUGCUAAGAACGAGGAGCAGAGGAGGCGCGCCAUAGAGGGAGUGGUGGACAUCACAAAGCUCUGCCUGAUGGAGAUGAACCAGGAGGAACUGGCCGACACACUGUGGGGCAGAUCUGCUACUGUUGAGUGCCAACAUAAUAUCAAGUCUCAUUUGAAGAAGAAGUUAAAGUGUGUGUCUGAGGGAAUCGCUAAAGCAGGAAAUCAAACGGGUCUGAAUGACUUCUACACAGAGCUCUUCAUCACAGAGAGAGGCAGUGGAGAGGUCAACAAAGAACAUGAGGUCAGACUGAUUGAAACAGCUUCCAGGAAACCAGCCAUGGAAGAAACACCAAUCAAAUGUGAAGACAUCUUUAAACCCUUACCUGGACGAGAUCAACCAAUAAGAACAAUAAUGACAACUGGAGUGGCCGGCAUUGGUAAAACCAUCGUAACGCAAAAGUUCACUCUGGACUGGGCUGAAGGCAAAGCCAACCACGACAUACACUUCACAUUUCUGUUAACUUUCUGAGAGCUGAAUUUACUGAAAGAGAAAAAGUAUAGCUUGGUGGAACUUCUUCAUCACUUCUUUAUUGAGACCAAAGAAGCAGGAAUCUGUAGAUAUGAACGGUUCAAUGUUCUCUUCAUCUUAGAUGGUCUGGAUGAGUGUCGACUUCCUCUGGACUUCCAGAACAACCCGACCUGGACUGAUGUCAAAGAGCCGUCCUCGGUGGACGUGCUGCUGACAAACCUCAUCAGGGGCGACCUGCUACCCUCCGCUCGCAUCUGGAUAACUACACGCCCUGCGGCAGCCAAUCGGAUCCCUGCUGAGUGUGUUGACAUGGUGACAGAGGUGAGGGGGUUCACCGACCCACAGAAGGAGGAGUACUUCAGGAAGAGAUUCAGAGAGGAGACGCUGGCCAACACAAUCAUCUCCCACGUCAAGAAAUCACGAAGCCUCCACAUCAUGUGUCACAUCCCAGUCUUCUGUUGGAUCACUGCUACAGUUCUGGAGGACAUCUUAAAUAAAUCCCAGAUAGAAGAGAUGCCCAAGACCGUGACUCAGAUGUACAGCCACUUCCUGAGGGUUCAGUCCAUACAGGGGGACAGGAAGUACCAUGGGAGAUCUGAAACAGAUCCACACUGGAGUUCAGAGAGCAGAGAGAUCAUCGUUUCUUUGGGAAAACUGGCUUUUAACCAGCUGGAGAAAGGCAACCUGAUCUUCUACGAGGCAGAUCUGGCAGACUGUGGCAUCGACAUCAAAGCAGCCUCAGUGUACUCAGGAGUGUUCACCCAGAUCUUUAAAGAGGAGUGUGGGAUGUACCAGGACAAGGUGUUCUGCUUUGUCCAUCUGAGCCUCCAGGAGUUUCUGGCUGCCCUUUAUGUCUUUCUGUCCUUCAUCAACGAUGGUGUCAAUCUGCUCUCAGAAGAACCACCCACCUCUGGGGAAGAUAAACUCCUCCUCCUCUACCAGAGUGCUGUGGACAAGGCCUUACAGAAUGAGAACGGACAACUGGACUUGUUCCUCCGCUUCCUCCUGGGCCUCUCUCUGGAGACCAAUCAGAUUGUCCUACGAGGUCUGCUGGGACAGACAGGAACUAGCUCACUGACCAAUACAAAAACAGUGUCUUACAUCAAGAAGAAGAUAGAUGGAGAUCUCCCUCCAGAGAGAAGCAUCAACCUGUUCCACUGUCUGAAUGAGCUGAACGACCGUUCUCUAGUGAAGGAUAUCGAACAGUACCUGACAUCAGAAAGUCUCUCCGGAAAAUCUCUCUCUCUUGCUCAACUGUCAGCUCUGGCCUUCAUCCUACUGACAUCAGAAGAGGAGCUGGACGUGUUUGACCUGAAGAAAUACUCUGCUUCAGAGAGGGGUCUUCUGAGGCUGCUGCCAGUGGUCAAAGCCUCUAAAACAUCUCUUCUCAAUGGCUGUCAUCUGUCAGAGAGAUGCUGUGAAGCUCUGGCCUCAGUUCUCAGCUCCAACUCCUGUUGUCUGAGAGAGCUGGAUCUGAGUACCAAUGAUCUGCAGGAUUCAGGAGUGAAGCUGCUCUCUGCUGGACUGGGGAGUCCACACUGUACACUGGAAACUCUCAGGCUCAAUGGCUGUCAUCUGUCAGAGGAAUGCUGUGAAGCUCUGGCCUCAGUUCUCAGCUCCAACUCCUCUAGUCUGAAAAAGCUGGACCUGAGUACCAAUGAUCUGCAGGAUUCAGGAGUGAAGCUGCUCUCUGCUGGACUGGGGAGUCCGCACUGUACACUGGAAACUCUCAGCUUGUCUGGCUGCCUGGUCACACAGGAAGGCUGUUAUUCUCUGGCCUCAGCUCUGAGCUCCAACCCCUCCCACCUGAGAGAGCUGGACUUGAGCUACAAUCACCCUGGGGACUCUGGAGCUGCGCUGCUCUCUGCUGGACUGGAGGAUCCACGCUGGAGACUGGACACUCUCAGUGUGGAGCACGGUGGAGUGUGGAGGCUGAAACCAGCUCUAAAGAAGUAUGCCUGUGACCUCACACUGGACCCCAACACGGCCCACAGAGAACUCUAUCUGUCUGAGGACAACAGGAAGGUGACGUGGGUUGGAGAGGACCAGUCGUAUCCGGAUCACCCAGACAGAUUUGACUACUGGGACCAGGUGUUGGGUAGAGAGGCUCUGACUGGCCGCUGUUACUGGGAGGUAGAGAGGGAAGGAGGGGUUAGUAUAGGAGUGACAUACAGAGGAAUCACAAGGAGAGGAGGGGGUGGUGACAGCGUGCUUGGAGGGAACAACAAGUCCUGGGUUCUUCAUUGUUCUGAUGGUCGUUACUCUGCCGUGUACAACGGUACAGAGACAGUCCCCCCUCUCCGCCCCGCUGGCUCCACCAGAGUAGGAGUGUAUCUGGACCGGCCUGCUGGCUCUCUGUCCUUCUACAGAGUGUCCCCAGGUGGAGGAGGGUCCUCAGACACACUGACACACCUCCACACCUUCUGCUCCUCCUUCACCCAGGAGGACCUCCUCCCGGGGGUGGGGGUGGGGAUGGGGGGGGUCCUCAGCCUCUCUGUGUCGGUUGUAGAAAAAAAAAAGGGACCUCCUGACUGAGCAUGGCCCCUGCACACACACACACACACACACACACACACACACACACACACACACACACACACACACACUGACUAACACACACACACACACACACACACACACACACACACACACACACACACACACACACACACACACACACACACACUGACUAACACACACACACACACACACACACACACACACA